AUGUUAUACAACAUGAGCUAUCCUCACGAUCACCCGGGGGCGCCGCAGCCGGCGGUAGCGGGGCAGCAACCCUUCAAAUCCACCCUCGCAGCGGCCGCCCCCGGUGGCGUCGCCCGGCCGAAACAACGGUGCUCUCAGCCGAUGCCCUUCGAUCCGGAGGAACUUUCCCAGAAACUCAACAAAGUAAUUGCAGACCGCCAACUUUACGCCGAGAGGAGACGCAGGGCCAGGGCCGACGUCGCUGCUGCUACCGCCGCGGGCGUCGGACCGCAGUGCCCGACUCAACCACCACACACCAGCAUGGCAAGGGAAUGCCUCGAUCAGGGCUCUCUCAAGCCCGGCCGAAGCCACUCCAUCCUCAGUCCCUUGAGACCGCGCACCGAGCCCAUUGCGAGGAAGCCGGUGCCACCCAGGGAAAGACCAGAUACCAGCGCCGCGCGGCCCAAGUCCAAGAUGUCCGACGACAGCCAGAGCUCCAAGUCGAAGGAUUCAUCCAAGCGCAAGGGCUCGGGUGAGAAGCAUCACUACAUUCCGCAGUUCGCCGCCUCGCAGUUUACGCGCACCACCACCACUGCGGACAACAUGCCGGAGGGCAAGGGUCUCGUUCACAAGCUCUCCCGGACAGCCCUGAGAAUCGCGCAGGCCCAUCGGGAGAGACAUCAACAAGAGCGCAACAACUUUUACUCGGACCGUGUACCAGAGACGACGGAAGAAGCCAGUAAGAACGAUCGUGCGCAUCGGGACAAGAACCACCACCGACAUACCAUCGAGGUCGCUCCCGCCGGUCGCAAUGAAGACCAUCAGGCGAGAGCCGCGAGGCGCGCCAGCACAGGGGCAGAUGUGCUGCUGACGUGGGACUCUGACGCAUCUUCGCCGAAUCCCUACGGCCAUGACAACCCUGACGUAGCGGAUCACGACCCCAACGAGCAUCGCGUUGACUGGACCCAGAGCGAUGAGGCCCCACGACAGCAGCCGCAACCCCGACGGCAAAAGUCCAGGCCGUCGCUGCGCAAGGCGGAUUCUCUCUGGGCUCUGAAGAACAAGUUGGGCUCUUUCACCAAGCACAGGUCAGAAGACCAGCAGCAACGAUCCAGAGACGGCAGCCCGCCGUCCUCUGACAGCACGCCGAGGUCGCCCAAGAGCGGGUUCUUUGCGCGGUUCAAGGUCACCCACUGA